UUUUCCACGCUCAGUCAGUCAGUCUUGUUUUGUGCGGUCUCGUUUACUGACGCUCCCUCCCCCCUCGUCACGCAUUGCACACAAAAGCGCCCCCUUUUUUUUUCUCUGACAUACAUUGUUAGCAUCAUCAUCUUUAUCCGAACUAGUCCUCGCCACCCCCCUACAUUGUCGCUUCGGGUUGCAAAAAUGAUGACCUGGAACGCCGACAAUCGCCUGUCGGCUGCCAACAACGCGCCGGCCUCGCUCGAUGCCACCCGAGCAUCUUCCUCGUCCUCCGCUGGCCCUGGCGCUUCUUCUUCUUCAUCUGUUGGUCCUGGUGCUUCGUCGUCACCCCAGCAGCCGGUCGCUUCGGCGCACUGGUUCUUCUGGUCGCCUCCGAAAGAGUCGCCCGUCAAUCUUCCCAUGCUGGCGGCGACGGUGACCGAGACGGCGGGUCUUGGCGGUGCGUGGCCGCUGCUCUCUGCCUUUGCCGCACGAGGCACAGCAGGAUCCAGCAAGCCAAGUGCCGGCACUGCGAACUCGAGUGCGGCCGCCGCUGCUGGGAACGCGAGCUCGCCCCCGUCCGAGCAGGCUCGUCUCGCUGCCCAUCUGCUUGCCGCUGCGCGGUCGUCGUCCGUCGCGGCGGGCGCUGGCUCGUAUCUCUGCGUUGGCUGGAAACCAUUCACCCGGAUUGAUUCGAGUCGUCUGGAGCAAGCGUACCACGAGCUGCAACUGCCACGCCAUGCUGACGGUGCAGCUUCUGACGCGACUGCCUUUCCUGGCUGCCCUGCCAACGAGGUCGUGUCAGUCUGUGGAGGCCGAUUUGACGUGCACGUCCCGUCGCGUUUCGGAAAGCCCGUGUACUGGGAAGGCCUCCCGAUGCUCGUCACUCGAGCGUCCUGGUUUUGCGCGGGAGACCGCUCGGGCGAUCCGCUCAUUCCGCUGGAGGAAGCCACCGCAGACUUGAUCGAGUCGCAUUAUGUGGAUGUGUUCCAGAACAGCGCUGAUAGUACGGUACAACCAAUGGAUUUGACGGAAACACCUCAGCUCCCUGAACAACAGCCGUUCGCGCGGGAAGUGACGAUUAACGAUCGAGGCGACAAAAUUACCUUCCACUCGCGCGAGUUGACAAUGCUCUAUGUCUAUCAGCCUGUCUCUGGAGAGUUGGACGGCUCGGAUUUCAUUGCACGCCAAGUGUAUCGCGGGUUGGACAUUUCGAGCGUUGACGAAGGCGAGCUCGAUGACAUUGAAGGCUUGGUGUUUGUCAUUCACGGCAUUGGGAGUGCAUGCGACCUGCAACUUCGUGCCCUGCCCGAUUGUGUGGACGACAUGCGAGCCAAUUCUGCGGCCUUCCAAAAGACUCACUUUAGCGCGCAGCGCGGGCGUGUCGAACUCAUUCCGAUCGAAUGGCACGAUGCAUUACACUUGCAUCGCGAUGUCGACAAAAAACUCCAAAACAUCAGCUUGGACACCAUCCGAAAACUGCGCGAACUCGUCAACGACACGGUGCUCGAUGUGAUGCUGUUCACCAGCCCUGUGUAUGCCCAGGUGAUCAUUGACCGUGUGGCGGCAGAGCUAAACCGGCUGCAUGCUCUCUUUAUCGCCCGAAACCCAACGUUCAAGGGCAAGGUGUGCUUGUUCGGCCACAGUCUGGGCUCUUGUAUUGGGUUCGAUCUCUUGGCGCACCAACCUCUGCUUGGCACUCAUGAAGCUGCUCCCAGCGAUGCAACGGGCGGAGUGCCGACCACCGUUGGCGCCGAGGAUGCCGACGCUAGACAUCCUCGCAACCUCGUCGAUUCUCUAAAUUCCGUUUUGGAGCCCUCGUCGCCGCGAGCCUUGUCCAACUGCCUGUCGUGCGAACACAACCAUCACAACCACAACCAACGCUCUCACGGCCUCGGCCACGUUUCUGUGGGCGUGCACUAUCCUCGGUUAAACUUUGCAUGCGACGCCAUGUUUGGUGCCGGCUCGCCCAUGGGCAUGUUCCUCACCGUCCGUGGGCAUGACCACAUUGGGCGGCACUAUCAGUUGCCAACCUGUCCCAAGUACUUUAACAUUUUCCAUCCGUUUGAUCCAGUGGCCUUCCGAAUGGAGCCAAUCAUCGACCCGCAGUUUACAGACGUCAAGCCCGAACUGGUGCCACAUUAUACCGGACGAAAACGCAUUCAUAUUGAGCUGCGCGAUAACAUUUCCCGCGUGAGCGCAACAAUCAAGAAUACGUUCAAUAUGGUGGAAGAGGCCACCAAAAGCACCAGCUCUUGGUUUUCAUUUGAUUCGCUGAGUGGUUUGGCGAAAUCGUUGACUGGCGGUAGUUCUGCCGCCGCUCCCGCCCCUGCUGCCGCCGCCGCUCCCAAUCAAAGUGCUUUGCCGCUUCCGCCCGCUGAUACUCCAGCUGGAGCCGCCCUGCUGCAUCCAGGAAAACUGAACUCGGGUGCACGGAUUGACUAUGCGCUGCAAGAAACUCCCAUCGAGUCCAUCAAUGAAUAUCUCUUCUCCAUCACAGCGCACUUUGUUUAUUGGCGCUCCCAAGACACAAUCCUGUUCAUUAUGAAUGAAAUUUUCAAUUCGUCGACCUCGCCAAGCCAAUGAGCUAGCACCGUCCACCCCCACUUGAAUGCGAUGCUAAAUUGAGGAAUGUCAAAUAUAUUGUGCUCGUAAUCAAAACAUACAAACAC